AUGGCAGUACAAACUGGAGAAAUGAGUAAGGCAGGUACCAAUUUCGGUGAUUUUUCCAGCCAGCAACGCUUAGGAUCUCAAGAGAAAAUUGAGAACAAUUCUAGUGUUCUUAAGAGGAGCUGUAAAAGAUGCGGCGUGGUGAACACUCCAAUAUGGAGGAAGGGACCCGAUGGCUCACAAAUCAUAGGAAGCCCAAUGGACAGACCCUUUGGUGAAGAGCACCUUCCUCCACGCAUUGCCAAGGAAUCUAUCCACUCGGCGCAGUCUGCUGGCAUCGUCAAGCCAAUUGAGCAA